CGUUGCGCACUAGUUUAUAGAGAACUACACUAACAGGCUUGAGGCUACUUCCUUGUUAAUCAGUGAAUCUGCUGACUCUUUUCCUGAUUUAUCAUGGUAGAAAACAUAAUACAUGGUGGAUGGACACUUCCAAAAGUUGCUACCGAUGAAAUUCAAAUCAUGUGCGACAAGGUAAAGCAGCAAAUUGAAGACAAAGUAAAGAGAAACUUUGAAAAAUUUGAAACUAAGCUGUACAGAUGCGAGAUAGUAAAUGGAGUACAAUAUUUGGUAAAGGUAAUUGUUGUUAUAUUCAGGUUGGAACAGAAAUAUGUAUUCAUAUAAUGAUCUAUCAACUGCCUUAUCUUCCCCCUCUACCCUUGCAAGUGGUUGCUGUAAAAGAUCAUGUGACGCUUGAUUCCCCCUUGGAACCUUUUUAGAUGGAACAUCUUGUAAUGUAAUUUAUGUCUAGAAAUGUCAUUUUUGGAAUAAAAGAUACUUUAGAAAUCUAAUAAAAGUGUAUCAAACGAAUAUAUUGGUAGUCUAAAUAUAAAUAGGAAACUAUAAUACUAAAGAAUUCAUUUUAUAGAUCUUGAUGAGUUUCUUUAUGAUGAUCGGUGUAUGACUAUUGGUUCAAAAUAUAGAAUGAAAUAAAGCUACUCACAAACUUAA